CAUUCUACCGUCACCAGCAACCGCCUCCCGUUCUAGUCCUCCCUAAUUUCUCCUCUCCUCCCUCCUUUAUUCUUGGAUGCUAUAAAUGAACCCCCUCUUCCUCUCUUCCCAAUUCAUCCUCGACCCAUCAAUAAAAAUUGCAGCUUUUUUUUCAUUUAUAUGUCUCAGAGACCCAACGUACCUCACUCCUCCUCGAUAGCCUUUUCUCUUCAUCCCCAUCUCCUGGUCUCCAGUGAGAUGAACUCAAACUCCAACCGGUAACAAAACCCAGAAUUUAACUUGAUCCGGUUUCCAACAAAUUAACCCAAUUUACUCUUCUCAAUCCUCUCCUCCCUUCAAAAAAAGAAAAAAAAAAGAAAAAAAAAAUUGAUAAUGGGCGUCAAAGGAUUCGUUGAGGGCGGCAUCGCCUCGAUCGUCGCCGGGUGCUCGACUCACCCGCUGGAUCUGAUCAAGGUCCGAAUGCAGUUGCAGGGCGAAUCUCCACAAAUCCCUAAUCUCCGGCCCGCUUUCGCUUUACCCAACUCCUCGGUCACGACCGACGAUGCUCCUCCUCCUCCUCCCCCCCCUCCGCCCGGGCCAUCUCGAAUCGGGGCCCAGAUCCUGCUCUCCGAGGGCGCCGCGGCCCUUCGUUCUCCGGCUCUCGCCACCGUCCUGCCAACCCUCUACUCGACGACGCCGUCAUGGUGCCUCUACGACAUGAAUUCAAGACCAGCUGGUCGACCCCCGGCGACCACGGCGGGCCCCUCGACCCUCCCCCUCCACCUCAAAGAUCUGCCGCGCCUCAUCUCUCGCGCAUCCGGCGCCGCCGUCGGCAACCCGGCCGACGUCGCCAUGGUCCCAUGCAGGAAGGACGGCCGCCUCCCCGCCGCCGAGCGCCGCAAGCUACAAGAGCGGUCGUCGACGGGAGCGACGGCGGAUGGCCCGGUCCGAGGGGUCAGAAGCCUGUGGAGGGGCUCGUCGCUGACCAGUUCACAGGGCGAUGAUCGUGACGGCGAGCCAGCUGCGACGUACGACCAGGUGAAGGAGCGGGAUAAUCGGCAGCGGGCGAUGGCGGACGGGCUGGGGACGCACGUGACCGACUUCGCCGCGGGGUUCGUGGCGCGGUGGCGUCGAACCGCGGUGGAUGUGGUGAAGACGAGGGUGAUGAACAAGGCGGCGGCGGCGGGCGAUAUGCCGGCGUACACUGGGGCGUUGGACUGCGCGGUGAAGACGGUGAGGGCGGAGGGGCCGAGGGCCCUGUACAAGGGGUUCAUCCCGACGAUCUCGAGGCAGGGGCCGUUCACCGUCGUGCUGUUUGUGACGCUGGAGCAGGUUAGGAAACUGCUCAAGGAUUUCUGAUCGCGUGGGAGGGGGUUGGGGUUAAUGGAUGUACGGUGAUACUGGCGACGACGGCGAUGAUGAUGACGAACAAGCUUUAUUAGAUGCUUACUAGUAUUAUGUUUUUCUUGAGUUCACAUUGGAAGGAGGAGGUGCGAAGAUACAGCAAUUGAAUUAACUAUUGGUAUUAUUAAUUGGUAAACGAUUUUUUUUUUU